AGCGUCCACCGCGGGUUGUAAACAGUGCCUCUGAGCCAUGGCCGCUCUAACACGGGUCAUUCCUCGGUUAUUGUCUUAUAAUUAUUCAUUACCCAAAAGAAACGGUAUUUCAGCAAAGCCGUAUUUUAUUUAUCUAACGUCUAUACACCAAUUAAGAUGCAAAUUGCUGCAAAUCAAUCUAUUUCACACAAGUUUACCGUUGUUAAAGGAAGUGGUUGAGGGUGGCUUGGGAGGAGACCCAUACAGAAGACAGGUAGUGUUGGGUAUAGAGACAAGCUGUGAUGACACGGGUGCUGCUGUUGUUGCUGACAGUGGAGAGGUUCUGGGAGAGGCACUUCACAAUCAGCAGAGUGUACACUUGAGGCAUGGAGGUAUCAUUCCACCUGUGGCACAAAGACUUCAUGAACAAAAUAUUGAACAAGUUGUUAAUGAGGCUCUGGAGAAGGCAGGAAUGACAGUGAGAGACCUGGAUGCUAUUGCUGCCACUGUCAAGCCAGGUCUGUCCCUCUCCCUUUCUGUGGGCACAAGAUAUGGAAAGAAUCUUGCAGUAAGUGGUAAGAAACCCUUCAUUCCCAUACACCACAUGGAGGCCCACGCUCUUACUGUCCGCAUGGUACACAAGGCAGAAUUUCCCUUCUUGGUGUUGUUGGCAUCAGGUGGUCAUAGCCUACUGGUGAUUGCACACUCUCUUGACCAUUGGUCAAUUAUUGGUCAAACAAUUGAUGAUGCUCCGGGUGAAGCCUUAGAUCAGGGUGCAAGAAGAUUGAAGCUACGAAAUAUACCUGAAUGUGCCUCAAUGUCUGGUGGCCAAGCAAUAGAAUACCUUGCAACAGGUGGUAACCCACGUGCCUAUGAAUUUCCAACACCUAUGGGAAAGUACAAAGAUUGUACUUUCAGCUUUUCAGGGCUUAAACAUACACUAACAAGGCUUAUUGAGAGACUGGAAGAGGAAUAUGAAGUUGAAGGUGGAAACAUUAUUCCACCCAUUCAAGAUGUGUGCGCCUCAUUCCAGUAUGCUGUAACCAAACAUCUGGUGAGGCAGACUCAGAGAGCGAUGGUAUAUCUUGAUGUUCGUGAUCUACUUCCCAGCCAAAAUAAAACCCUGGUUGUGUCAGGUGGUGUUGCUUGUAACCAGUACAUUCGGGCAGCGUUACAGAAGUUAUGUGAUACUACAGGCUAUCAGCUCCUUUGCCCACCACCAAAGCUGUGCACCGAUAAUGGCAUCAUGAUUGCAUGGAAUGGCAUGGAACGUUGGUUGGCUAAAGCUGGUGUUCUCCAUGAUGAAGAAGACAUAGCAGCAGUUGAUUUUCAAGCAAGCUCUAGGGUGGCAGCAACAACUGGCAGAGUAUGCAUGAUAUGGUUUAGCCAAGAAGGGAACCAGGCAUCGAGUGAAGCUGGGAAGAUCAGCUCACGGUCAACAGCAUACAGAGCCCAGAAGAUGAACGACACAAACUGUGAAUGAAGUGAUGGCAUUAAGAGAUAUCUAAUUAUACAGUAGACCCUUGCCAUUCGCGAGGGAUAGGUUCCAAGAAUUGGCACGAAUUGGUAAAACAGUGAAUAGCAACUUAUACUACCUUAGUGCACUACUGUAUACCUAUACCAAACAACCAACCAGCUAUGGCAGCACUCAUUCCCUCUUUUAACUUAUCUAAUAAUAAAACUUUCUUUGUCAGGGUCAUCACUGACUUCUGCCUUUUACAUUUCACUCCACUAGCAUCACUCGCACUGACACUAGGCAGUCUAUUAGGGAGGCCAUUUCACACAUAAACACUAAAGUUUUGACAGUACAGCAUGAACGGCUGCGUGGGGUGACUCAUUGUGCUGCGGGAAAGGGCUUGCAAGCUAGCCACCAUCUGCUUACCGUGAAUCGUCAAAAUCACGAAUCGCAAACUUGCGAAUGGCAAGGUUCUACUGUAUACCCAUAUGCAGUACUGUAGUUGUCUAUAGUAUCUGACUGUGUCAGAUUACAAGUUGCAGGAUCAACAAAUUAAGAACCAGUGCUCUUCACAUAAGGGAAUAAAGAGGAGUUACAACUACCAUGGUCUCAAAACACAAAACUGAACAAAAACCCAGAACCUCAUGUAAAUCAUACCAUCCAAUAUAAAAAAAAUAAUUAUAUGUCUUACCACACCCAUUGGGAAGAUUAAAGAUGUGAAGAGAAAAUCACGUAACUUCUGCAAGGUACUCCUUCGGCUGACAACUAGUGUUUCUGAUCCAAAGAUGUCGUUGAGCACACAUAGGCCAAAGAAUCCACAUUGUAAGAGCUGCAAAGAGCAAAGGUUAAAAUUUAAUUCUUAAUAAUUUGGUUCUUUUGCAUUUACAAAAAACAUUCCAAGGAAUAUUUCAGACAACCAGGAUGUUAAAUAUCACAUGUGCUUACCAGUAUACUGCAUGUAUAUCAUGAUACAAAAAAAUACUGUACACAUCUAGGUACCUGGAUUCAACCUUAUACCAAACUACAUCAUUUAAAAAACUUGUAAAAAUGCCAUGCCAUGCAACAGUAUUGUACUGUACUGUACAUCAAUUUGAACUAUCUACAGUGUAACUAACUUUUGUUAGCUCUCUUAGUAAGAAUUUAUCUCUAUUAUCAAAAUCUCCAACAUUUAUCUCUUCACAACAUUUUUUUUAACAUCAACCCCAACAAUUUACAAAGUUACCUUCCUUAUUACUUUUUCAGGGACACAAUCAUAUUAUCUCUGUCUAUUACCAAACAAAAUCAUGAUUUUCACGAUCAAUAACACGUGAAUCACAUUUACUUUAUGUCUUCAGCAUGAGUUUCACACACUACUGGCUGAUUAUAAACACUCAAUGAAGUCAGCUGUAGGUAGGCUGGUAGUCCUUGAUUACCUCAGGGAGUUGCAACCCUGCCCUACCAGCUGUUCCCACCCCAUGAGUUGGCAUUACAAUGGGCGUCCAGUUGUAAAACUUUGCUUCAACAAUGCCUCAUGGUAACCAGGUCACCAGAGUUGUGUCCAUCCCCUGGUUUCUGCUGCAUUUUCUGUGUUGCCAACCUGGGUUUGCUGUGGUGAGCAAGGGGGAAAUAUCCCAUUUUGGUUUUACCCAACAACUACCAUCAGGUAUUUGUGGCUAACCCACACAAGUGUGGAAAAUGGCCGUAAAACUUUGAUGAUAUAACUCUGAGUACUGUACAUGACAUACAGAGACACUGACAUGGCCUUGUACCUUAUACUGUAUUGUACAAUGCUGUGUUAAAAUAUUCAUUUGCUGUACAGACACCCUUACAUGUUAAUUUUUAGUGAAAAUAUCAAAAUAUCUAAAGUAUCUCAGGAGCCCAGAUUAAAGAUGAAGGCUAAUUUAUUCAACAUCUUAUAUACUGUAAGAACUGGGACACAUAAUAAAUAGAUCAUGAAACUCUUGCUGUAGACAACAUUUGAUCAUACAAGUCCUAACAAAUUUAUUGUCUACCCUGAAACACCUCUACAGAACUUGCACUGCACUACAAACAAAGUUUUAUUUGCAAGGUACAGAAGUCAUAUUAAUUUUAACACUUGAUCUGGACUCAUGUAAUGAUUACAAAAGUAUUUUUAAAACAUCUGUGAAUACGUGUACAAUAUUGUAUUAUCCAUAAGUUGUAGAGCUGUAUCCAAGAAUGUGUCGAUGUAUCAAGUUGUCAUUGAAGCUCUCACCUGUAACAUUUUACCAUGUGUUGCAUCACUCUUCCUAUUGCUUCCCUUCUUUGAGGAUUCUUAAGCCCUUCAUCUACCUCACACACAAGUGUAUAAAGUGUUAAAUAUCAUGCACAGAUAGCAGUACUGUAUACUAUUAAUAUACAAAUACAGGGUAUUAGUUUUUCCUUCUUUUGUAGAAUACAUACCAGUAUACAGUAUAGGUAUUUAUCUUAGUUUAUACAGUAUUCAUUUAUUAUCUGUGUACUGCCUCCUGCAAACCAUUAAAAUAAUCAAAUGACAGUUCCCCACUGUUUCAUUACACUAUACAGUACAUACAUGUACAAAAUGUGCUACUCUUAACCUCAAUAUUAAAUUCUAAAUACUGUACAAUAAAAUAAAAAUUCUACAUAAUAUACAAUACAAACACUACUGUACUGUACUGUAUGUUAUUAAAUUAUCAAUCCAGCUCUAAAAUUACAGCUCCCAAUAAUUAUUAUUUUGGCUUUACUGUAUUGCCAUUACAAUAUAAAUACCCUUUUAGUCUGAUUUGCAUGUACCUGUACUGUACUGUACUGUACCUUCACUUAUGGUAUACUGACCCUGUACAUAUCUAAACUUAAACCUAAUUUUGCAAUACACUAUACACUUUACAGCCAUUUUCCACACUUGUUUGAGUUCAAAGAUACACAUCACACCAUUUCACUCUCUGAAGAGGUCAAUGAGUAUGUUAUGUGGCACCGAAUAUAUAUUGAAUUUAGAUGUAAUUACCUUACUUGUUCAGAGGUAAUUACAUGCUUGUUCAGUAGUUAGGGCUAUAUUUUAUAUUACUUUGUUCCUGCAUGUAAUAAUUGUUUAAGGUGUUAUAGUAUAUAUACAGUAUUAAUUUAUAAUAUGUAUGUAUUAAAUAAAUCUGCCUAAUGUUGUGUAUUAGUUUGGUAAAAUAGUAUGAUAAUUGAAAACAUGGUAUCAGCACUGUGUGGGUCAAUGGUCCACCAGCUCAGCAGUCAGCAAGUGAGUGCAGGCAGGGAGGGAGGCAUGCAGAUGAGCCUGGCUGGUGUGAGCGUGUGGUACAAGUGUGGUAUAGUUGGUCUGGUCACAGGAUAUACUGUCUGUAUAUGGAGAUAAGUGGUUUAUACUUUUGUACUGUUCAAGUGUAUGGUAAGGCUGAGGUGAGGGUUUAGAUUAAUUUAGGUUGUGGUUGUUUGUAUUUCAUUAAUUUUUGUUCUUGUACCUGUACUUGUCUUUCUAAAUACAUUCCCAAAUUUUGUUAAAUUAAGAAAU